AUGGCACACGAAGAGCACAGCAUCAAUUGGAACAUCCUAGCUGCUAACCUCAACCACCGCUCUCCCUCCUACCCCGCGGCAGACCUAGCUUCCAAUCUGUACUUUCGGUUCAAACCUACGCAGGGGCAGGAGAUCGGCUCCUUUAUCGAAUCCUUUGUGAGGACCCUCGGAAAACAUACGGAGGACGAGCGCCGGAAAUAUCCAGAUCGAUACUCACCCUUCACACCAAAGGAGCUGGUCCUGAACGACCGCGUGGCGGAGCAAAUCCGCACCCUUGCCUACCGAUGGUGCAAGGCCUACAAGUGGCCACUGGAGGACAAGGUCCACAUGACAGAAGGGCUGUGCCGACAUGUGGACAGCGAGAGUUUUGCCUGUGGGUGUUCCCUGCCCUACCACGAACGGAAGGCAGCCGCUUUCCAGCGGUCGUAUCGUAGAAACAGUUGCUACACGUUUUAUGCCGAAAACACCGAGGUGUUUUAUAAUUUGCAGGUGCUGAACGCACUCCUUGUUCUGGGGGAGAUGGAUACGGUGCUACGACUGUGCGCGACACCAGAUACCAAUCUGAAGGAAUCGAUGCGUGUGGGGCAUUGUCAAUGUCUGGAACGGGAUCUUGGCUGGGACCAAGUCUUCGAAGCCGCUCUAAACAUCUACCUCCUUCUCAACAUCCUUUACUGCUUCCCCGAGCUCUGGGACCCAGCGGCCCGGCAAGCCCGAAACAAGAAACGGACCGACGAGUACCGCGCCACGCGGAUGUAUCAGCAGACUGUCGAAAUCUGGACCCACGACGGGUCGGAAAGCGAAGUCUCGCGCCACCCUCACCGUCAAUUUUUCGGCCUUGAGGGCCAUUUCAGCUACCCAUUACAGAUCUCGCGCGGGGGAGCCGCCGGCGUCCAGCAUCAGACCCGAAGCGCCGUCGACGUGGCGCGGGUUGAAGCGUAUCUUCGGGCGAAACGGUUGCCACAGGAGCUAGUUCUGCAAAUCACAGCCUGCACAGAGUAUGAUCGUUCGCGCUCGCGUUCGCGGCUCCCGGUGCCACAUGAUCCGCUUCAUCGACGGAACCGGAGGCAGCUACGGCGGCAUUUGGACCACUGCUGGCGGAUAAUGGUCCACUGCAAUAUGCUGGCGCGGGAACUGGGCACCAGGAUCAACUGGGAGUUACGGGUGGUCGAGGCGCUGGACCGCAUGGUGUCGAGUCCGGCGGGGAUGAAGCUAUGUGAACGUGAGGCGCACGAGUCGGAUGAAUUUUGGCAGACGACGCUGAGAGGAGGGAGUGGUGAAUUUCCGUAUAGUAUCCCGGACCCGGACUAG